GGGAUCGAACACCCGACCUCCAGGCUAGGUGUCCGUUAAGAGUCUACUAUUAAUAUUUUUGUAGUUUAUUUGUACGGAAAAUGAUCGAAAAAAAAAAAAGAGGUAAAGAUCAUUAUUAGCUUCGGAUCUAUGAGAGAUAACGUACAAGUUGUAUAGGUGGGCGUAUUUUGACCUAGUUUUAUAAGAGACAGCGAAAAUCCUGGUGUUAAAUAAACACACAAUUGACCUGUGUUCGAUAUUAAUGAAUGUGUUUAAUGUAAACGUUUGAAUUGUAAGUUGGAAGCAUCAGAUGUGUGUCGCUUUUAUAUAUCCGUGUCAGGGGUGUUACAAAACUUCCUUUUAGUUCCCGAUCAUUUUUAGUCCAACAAUAACUAUAUUAUCAUGGCGACAGAAGUACAGCCAGAAUUUACUAAAUUAUUGACUGGUCUAAUGGGAGCUGAAGGGCCAGUAUUUGAUAACGAAGGGUCAAUGUACAUGGUGGCACCCGAAGUUGAAAAUAGUGGUGGCUAUGCUGGUCAGAUAUUAAAAAUAGACUUAGAAAACCAGACGUCUACAGUUCUAUGUAGUCCAUCAGUCGAUGGAUAUGGUGGAAUACCAGCUGGGUGUCAAGCAGAUAAGGAAGGAAAUAUAAUGGUGGCUGAUAUGAGACUUGGUAUAUUAAAAGUACAACCCAAUGGUACAUUUUCACAGGUAUGUCAAAAAGACAACGAAGGACUGGUUAUGCAGGGUUGUAAUGAUUGUAGUUACGAUUAUCAUGGUAAUUUGUGGCUAACGGCACCAGCAGGCAGCAUAGCUCCCAAUCCAUAUACUCGUUCUAUGGAGGAAAGUUUUGGCUCUGUGUAUUGUUUAACCACUGAUGGAACUGUAAAACGAGUUGCUACUGGCAUUAGAUUCCCCAAUGGUAUUGCUGUACAACAUUCAUCUGAUGGUACGCCUUUAAAAGUCAUAGUUGCAGAGACGCCGACUAAACUGCUAUGGGGCUUUGAUAUACACGAGAAGACUAAUUUAAAGAAUAAAACGCAAUGGGGUAAAAUGCCCGGAGUUUUGGAAGGAGGGGCUGAUGGUAUGGACUUUGAUGAAGCUGGUAAUCUGUUGGUAGCCCACUGGGGUUCUGGCCAUGUCGAAGUAUUUGGAACCAGUGGUGGAGAUCCAAUUAAAAGAAUUAAAUGUCCGUUUGAAAGACCCAGUAACAUUCAUUUUAAACCUAAAUCUAAAACUGUUUAUAUUACUGAGCAUGAUAGUCAUGCUUUGUGGAAGUUUGAUUGGGAGAAUCGUGGAAAAGCGCAGUUUUGUGAAACGCCAUAGAGCAUGUUGUUUUGGAGAGCUAAAUGAUUUAAUCCAUUACCAAUAAUAAUUUAUACGCCAAAACGAUCUAGUGAAUCCAAAGUAACGAAAACAAAGACUAUAUAUGAACUGAUAUAUAAAAAAAUAUAGAGAAAAAUAAUUAAAAUAAAUGCUUUUUAAAAUAUGUAUUUUUUAAAUGAUCCAACAUGACAGGAAAAAGGUUCAAUAUAGAGUGUAGGUCAUAAUCAAUCAAUAUUUUUAUUAAGGAAAAUUAUUAGCCAAAACAUUAAUCUAAUCCAUCAAUAUGGCCUUUUAAACCUUAUAUUAUUUUCUAUAUUUCACACCGUCAUUUUUAUGUGUCUUAAAUAAAUAAAACAAUAUUCUGCUA